GAAUAGUAACCAAAUUAUUUGCCUUUCCAAUAACCAAAAUGUAGUGAAAUACUUGUCAGUAUACUCUUAGGCGCACUGGCGUGUACAACUGAUACUGAUAACUUAUCAUUAUAGUCAAAUUAGCAUAUCUGCAGGCGUUUAACGUUGCCCGCACCGCUUUGCCACUCAGUUGAGGCAUAACACACUGAUAACAGUUGGCUACAGCUCUCACUGAUAGUCAUCUUUCAGUUAAAAUCAGUUGAUUGACAGAGCGAUUGUCGUGCGCGAGCCUGGUACGGAAAGUAAAUAAACAAAUAAUUAAGAGUGUAAAAUAAAACACACCCGCAUUCCUCCGCAUAGCCUACUAACAGGCUAGAUAAGAAAACGCGCAUAUUUUACCUAUAUGAACUACAAAGUAUGCAAUGCAUUGUGGGUCUAAAUAGUAACAUCCAAAAUGCAACCGUUGUCACAUUGACGUUAAAACAUAUUAAUCCAGAUGAUAUAUUCAUACCGGACAACGAGAAUUGCGUUUGGAAACGUGGUGAACCGAUAGUGACCGCAUAUGUGAUUUACGCGUUUGUCGUGCCCGUACUCGCCUGUUUCGGUUUAUGUGCAAAUUUUAUUAAUGCUAUCGUCUUUAUGCGUCCUAAAAUGACGCCAUCGGCUUUUUCUUACCUCGCUGCGCUCGCUUGGCUCGACUGCUUUUCCUGCCUGCUCAUUUUAUUCACUGCACUCUCGCGUAGCAUUUUCUUUCACAGCCAUUUCUGGAUGACGUAUGAUUUUCAAUGGCAAACACCGUUAUUUGGCAUUAGCACCGGUGCUGCGAAUCUUUUACUUGGUAGCGUAAGUUGUGACCGUUGGAUUUACUUAAAUUACGGCAUCGUCAAUGGCUGUGGGCCACCGCGUUUUUGUCGACGUAAAAUUGCGCGGCGUAUUAUUGUAGUGAUUAUUAUAUUUUCGGUGAUACUAAAUUUACCGUAUUUCUUAAUUUUUGUGGUAAAUGACGACGGCACUUUUGUAACACACAAAUUAUACUACACCACUUAUUACAAAAUACACAAUUGGUGUACUUUCGUGCUGUUAACCGUGAUACCGGCUAUAUUCCUCACAAUCGGUAAUAUAGCCAUAAUUGUUGCAUUUCGACGUUGGACAAAACAAAGCAAAAAAUGUCAGAAGUAUGGCAAUAGUAAUGCAAAAACAGCAAAAAAGCGUUAUCAUCAUCAGCUUAAAUUAACUAUAACAAUUAUCAUUUUAAUUGUACUCUACAUGAUUGGUGAGUUACCGGCUGCGCUGACCUCACGUAAAAAUGCACUUAAUUUGCUUUUUGGUGGCGACGUUACGCGUGUAAAUUUCCAUUUGAUGGCCAAACUGGAUAUGAUUUGUCUAACCUUAAAUGCGCUGCAGCUCAGCAUAAAUAUACUCGUCUAUGCUGUAAUCAAUCCAUCAUUUAUGCCUGAAUUCUUUGAGUGCUUACGCGGUGCAUCCGAUUUUUGUUGCAACAUAUUUUGUCUAACGCCGCUACUGCACUGCGCGCGUUACAUUUGCUGCAAGGCGCACAAUCAAAAGUCACAAACAGGGAAUAAUGUAACGCAAUGUGUUUACGAACAUGCAACUGUUGAUGGGCGCAUUGAGUGUGACUGUGUGACCCAGCAGGUGGAAGCAAGAAAGAGUGUAAGCCGAAGAUAUGCUGCCAGUAGCGCUAGUGCAAAUGGUAACUGGGAUACAGAUCCAGAAGAUGCUGACGGCACGCCUGGUUUCGACUUGUAUCGCUAUUGGCGGAAUAGCGUAACAACGCCACGUACGCCCAAUCGUUAUCGCUUCAGUAGUGAGCAUGGCAUACAUAAGCACGAGCAAGUGUGGAGUACAGACUUAGCUUGGAAGCGUUCCAGUUCGUUUGGUGAAUAUGCAUUUGAUAAUCUAGCGCUUGAAAUUGGUAUCGCGAGUGGAAAAAUAACAAAUAACGCACUAGAAGAACACGCCGAGACGGAACAUAAAGCCUGUGCGGGAAGUGCGGCUAUAACAGCAAAGCAAACAAAGCGACAUUCGCUGGCAUUUUAAACGAAUUAGUCAAUAACU